AAGCCGGAUUUGCUGACAAUGUCGAAUGGCAUGCCAAUACAUAAUCGCAAAGCAAUGCUAACAGUUGGGCCACGUGGGCCGGCUCUUCUUCAGGAUACCGUUUAUCUGGACGAAAUGUCUCAUUUUGACCGUGAACGGGUUCCAGAACGAGUUGUUCACGCAAAUGGAUUUGCUGGGGAGCGCGGUACUGCUGAUACGGUGCGAGAUCUUCGCGGGUUUGCUAUCAAAUUUUACACCGAAGAUGGGAACUGGGACUUGCUCUGCUUGAGCUUGCCGGUGUUUUUUAUCGACGACCCAGUGCUAUUCCCGUCUGCAAUGCGAGUUCUCAAAAGAAAUCCCGUCACUCAUCUCAAGGUGUGCGCUUUCUAUUGCCACCUACGGUACACAGCGGCACUCACUCGAAAAUUUCUUAGUUGUAGAUCAAGCAGUCAGUAGUA